AUGUCGUCUCUACAUUUUCUCUCUCUUCUCUCUCUCCUCAUCGCCUUUCUCACCGGAAUCAAAUCCGACGACGAACGUCAAAUCCUAACCAAACUCAUCUCCUCUCUCCACAACACACACGCCGCCGUCUUCCAAAAUUGGGGACUCCAAAACCCCAAAUGCAAUUUCACCGGAAUCGCCUGCAAUUCACACGGGUUCGUCAACGAAAUUAACCUCUCCAAAUGGGGUUUAACCGGCGUUCUUCCUUUUGAUUCCGUUUGCCAGUUACCGGCGUUGGAGAAGCUGAUUCUUCGCGCCAAUUCCCUGCACGGUGAAGUGACAGAGAGUUUAAACAAUUGUGUAAAACUGAAGCAUUUGGAUCUCAGCAGCAAUGGCUUCUCCGGCUCUUUCCCGGACAUACAUUCCUUGCCGGAAUUGGAGUAUCUGUAUUUGAAUUCAAGUGGGUUUUCCGGUAAGUUUCCAUGGAAAUCCGUCGGGAAUUUGAGCGGUUUAAUUGAGCUGAGCGUCGGAGAUAACCCUUUUGAAAACGCUACUUUUCCGGUGGAGGUCACCAAUUUGAAGAGGCUUAAUUUGCUGUAUUUGUCGAAUUGUAGCUUAACAGGGGAAAUUCCAAGAUCUAUUGGUAAUCUCACGGAGCUUCUUAGUUUUGAAUUUUCCGACAAUUUUAUAACAGGGGAUAUUCCGCCGGAGAUUGGUCGCCUGCAGAAGCUCUGGCAGUUGGUGUUCUAUAAUAAUCAAUUAACGGGGACACUUCCGGUGGGAUUAAGAAACCUUACCGGCCUUAAGAAUUUCGAUGCUUCGUUGAAUUAUAUCCAUGGGGAUCUGUCGGAGUUGAGGUUUUUGACGAAUUUGGUUUCUCUGCAAAUGUUUGAUAAUCAAUUUUCCGGCCAUGUUCCGGUGGAGUUUGGGGAGUUUAAGUCGCUGGUUAAUCUGUCCCUUUAUCGGAAUAGGCUUACGGGGCCUCUGCCGCAAUCCAUUGGUUCUUGGGCGGCGUUUGAUUUCAUUGAUGUGUCGGAGAAUUUCUUGACGGGAUCGAUUCCUCCGGAUAUGUGUAAGCAGGGGACGAUGCAGAAGCUUUUGAUUCUUCAGAACAAUUUCUCCGGCGAGAUUCCGGCGAGUUAUGCUAAUUGCUCCACUUUGAACCGAUUUAGAGUCAGUCAGAACUCGCUCACCGGGGUUGUUCCGUCGGGAAUUUGGGGAUUGCCGAAUGUGAAUAUAAUUGAUCUCGCGUCAAAUCAGUUGGUUGGUUCGAUUACUUCUGAUAUUGGAAAGGCUGUGUGUCUCUCUGAAUUUUACGUCGGAAAUAAUCGAUUCUCAGGCCGAUUGCCAUUGGAGAUUUCACAAGCGGAAUCUCUUGCUUCGGUUGACUUGAGCAAUAAUCAGUUCUCUGAUGAGCUUCCGAUGACUAUCGGUGACCUUAAGAAUCUCGAUAGCCUCGAAUUGCAGGGGAAUAAAUUCUCUGGUUCGAUUCCGGAGACGAUUGGCUCGUGUAAUUCCCUAAGUAUCGUCAAUUUGGCGGAUAAUUUCUUCUCUGGACAAAUUCCUUCGUCUCUAGGUUUUCUUCCGGUUCUCAACUCUUUGAAUCUCUCCAAUAAUGACUUAUCAGGUGAAAUCCCUUCGACAUUUUCGCAUUUGAAAUUGAGUCUUCUCGAUCUUUCCAACAAUCAAUUAUCUGGUUCAAUUCCUCUAUCGCUAUCGAACGGAGCUUACAACGAAAGUUUCACCGGAAAUCCUGGCCUCUGUAGCGAGACCGAUGGCUUUUUACGGCGAUGUUCAAAGAGUUCUGGCACGUCCAAGGACGUUCGAAUACUCGUCAUUGGUAUCCUCGUCGGAUUAAUUCUUCUCGGUGUAACACUAUGGUGCUUCAUAAAAUUGAGAAAGAGCGACAAAUAUCGAGAUCGGUCGCUUGAAAAGGAAUCGUGGGACCUAAAAUCAUUCCACGUAAUGACAUUCACAGAGGACGAGAUACUCGAUUCCAUUAAGGAUGAGAAUUUAAUCGGAAAAGGAGGUUCUGGCAACGUCUACAAAGUGACGGUCGGAAACGGGAAAGAGUUAGCUGUGAAGCACAUUUGGAACACUGAUCCAUAUGAGAGGAUGAACAACAACAAUAACCGAAGCUCCUCUCCAAUUCUACCGAAACAGAGAGCAAAGUCGUUGGAAUUCAACUCGGAGGUGAAGACUCUAAGCUCGAUCCGCCAUGUGAAUGUAGUGAAGCUAUACUGCAGCAUUACGAGUGAGGUCUCAAGCAUGUUGGUAUACGAAUAUAUGCCUAAUGGAAGCUUAUGGGACAGACUUCACACAUCGACAAAAAUAGAGUUAGAUUGGGAAACAAGAUACGAAAUCGCAGUCGGAGCAGCAAAGGGAUUAGAGUAUCUCCAUCACGGUUGCGACCAACCAGUGAUUCACCGAGAUGUCAAAACCAGCAACAUACUUUUGGAUGAAUGUCUCAAACCCAAAAUAGCCGAUUUCGGGCUUGCCAAAAUCCUCAACACAAGUGGGUUCAACGAGACAAGCCAUAUCAUUGCAGGCACUCCCGGCUACAUCGCACCAGAGUAUGGAUACAGUUACAAAGUGGACGAGAAGAGCGACGUGUACAGCUUCGGAGUGGUAUUGAUGGAGUUAGUGAGCGGGAAAAGAGCGAUCGAGGCGGAGUUCGGAGAGAACAAGGAGAUCGUAGAGUGGGUAUCAAACAAUUUGAAGAGCAAAGAAAGUGUAUUAAAGUUGGUGGAUUCAAGAAUUGGCGAUGCAUAUAAAGAGGAAGCCAUAAAGGUAUUAAGAAUAGGAAUAUUGUGCACAGCCAGGGUUCCUUCCAUGAGACCCACCAUGAGGAGUGUGGUUCAAAUGCUUGAAGAAGCCCACCCCUGUCGCCUGCUUGGGAUACUCAUUGCCAAAGAUAUCGACAACAUUGAUAUCUAAAUCUAAAUCUUCCAUGUUGUAUAGAAAUUUUUUGAAGGAAUUUAUGA